AUGGACGAAUACAAGAAAUACCUAGCGGACCAAAUCCUCAGCGAGGAGAAGGUCGUCACAUAUCGGAGUCUUAGCAGGGCAUUGAAGAUUCAUGUCAAUAUUGCCAAAGGAAUGCUCUAUGAGUUUCAUCGAUCUCAAAAUGCUAUGCGCCCUGGAACGAUCCAUGCUACCUAUCUGGUUUAUGGCAUUCAGAAAGUAGAAAAGGUACAAGAGGAUGGUGACGUUGAGAUGGCUAGCUCUCCCCCAGCCAGUGAACCGUUGUCUGAAGAAAUUGUCACCAACACUUUGACCCUUGUUUCUGGCGACCGUCUUAAGGAGGUCGUGGCAACUUACGAAGCGGUUUCUUCAUUUCACGUUUACAGCUUGGCUGGCCAUCCAACCAAGGAACUGCAGUUGUUGGAAGAUGUUUCUCGGCAAAUGCGAGAACAGUCUGGCGAUGACAGUGCUUCGAUGGCAGAGGUAUACGGAUCCAUCGCGAAUCCUCUCGUUCGGAAACGCGACCGCAAAGGAAGGGCGCCAGCGCCUGCACCCGCGGCCGCUGGCCCGACGCCUAAGCUGGUCAAGAAGGAGCCAGCGCCAUCCACGACCAAGCCCGAUUCUGUCGCUAAGACAGAAGAAACAGUCAAAGAGGAGUCAAAGCCUGCAGCCAAGCAAAACCCCUUCUCAGCUGCUGCCUCCAAGAAGAAUGCAGCACCGCCGGGGUUGAAAAAGAGUGGUUCGUCGGGUAUUAUGUCGUCGUUCGCCAAAGCCGCAGCGAAGACGGCGAGCAAGCCGAAGGAGGCAUCAAAGAAAGCUACUGAAACCCCACCCAACGACUCUCCUGCGUUAUCUGAUGACGGGGAGGAUGACGAUGAGGACAUUCCGGCCGCCAAGCCUUCUGCUGAGGGAAGAAAGUCAAGGAAGGAGCGCGAGGCCGACUUGAAACGCAUGAUGGAAGAAAGCGAAGACGAGGAUCCAGAAGAAAAGGAAGAAGAACCGGUGGAUGAGCCGAUGGAGGAGGCACCUGAACCAGAACCAGAGGCUCAGAAAGAGGCAGAGCCGGCUGAAGUCGUCUCUAGCAGUGGUGAUGGCCGACGUCGCGGUAAGCGAAGAGUAAUGAAAAAGAAGCAGAUUAUGGAUGAUCAGGGCUACUUGGUCACUAUUCAAGAACCUACUUGGGAAGAGUUCUCAGAGGAUGAGGCACCCCCUCCUGCGCAGAAACCCAAACCUUCAACACUAUCGAGUUCGAGCAGUCAGGGCUCUAAGGCGAAGAAGCCGGCGCCCAAAGGACAGGGCAACAUCAUGUCGUUCUUCUCCAAGAAAUAA